AUGUCUGAGUUCUUUGAAGGUUCAGGUACCAUUCCGACCAACUUCACUCCAGUGGCUUACAACAUUGCUAUGAAUGGGACCUUGAUGGUUUUCCAUGGUUUGCAGCUAGUGCAACGGUUGAAGCUGUUGAUCAUUCUGAUGUACACAGGUGUGGUCAUUAUUGGGAUGGUAGGCAACUGCCUUCUGGUUCACGUCAUCCUGCGUGUGAAGAAGAUGCACAACGUCACCAACUUCCUCAUUGGGAACUUGGCCCUUUCGGAUGUGGCCAUGUGCACAACCUGCGUCCCCCUGACUCUCGCCUACAUUUUCGAGCCACGCGGCUGGAUAUUUGGCAGCGCAAUGUGCUACUUUGUCUACUUCAUGCAGCCGGUCACAGUCUAUAUCUCCAUCUUCACCUUGGCCACCAUCGCCGUGGACCGGUACAUAGUCAUCAUGCACCCCCUGCGACGCCGGAUCUCUCUGCAGCUCAGUGCCUACAUGGUCCUCUUCAUCUGGAUUCUCUCCUGCUGCUUGGCAUUACCAGCCAUGGCCCACACCUAUUAUGUGGAGCUGCAUCAACAGGGUGUCAUCCUGUGUGAGGAAUUCUGGGGAGAGCAAGAGCGCCAGCGACAAGCCUAUGCGUUGUGCCUGCUGCUGAUUACUUACCUCUUCCCCUUGCUAGCCAUUCUGAUCUCUUACUUCAAGAUCUUUCUCAAGCUGAAGAACAGGGUUGUGCCAGGGUGUGUUACUCAGACUCAGGCAGACUGGGACAGAGCCAGGCGGAAGAGGACAUUCUGCCUGCUGGUCAUGGUAGUAGUGGUGUUUGGGGUGUGCUGGCUUCCUCUCCACACUUUCAAUCUCAUCCGGGACAUUAACAUAAAUGCAAUUGAUCCUUAUUAUUUCAGCCUGGUCCAGCUGGUUUGCCACUGGUUUGCCAUGAGUUCAGCAUGCUACAACCCCUUCAUAUAUGCCUGGCUCCAUGAUAGCUUUAGAGAAGAGCUUAAGAAAUUAGUGGUCUGGCAUAGAAAAGUAGCUCCUUCUGGGCAAAGUGUGACUGUAAGUGUUGUGAUCUGAUCACUUCUCCUACAGCUGAUUUUGCAGCUGAUCUUGGGUCUAUCAUCCCGAGCCUCUAAGGUCUAGGUGCAAAAUAAAAGUUCCAAAUAACAGCAUGCCUUAUGCUGGCAAAAACCAUGACUCCAUGCAAUGUGACAUGUGUUGGUAUGCAACUCCUAUCAGCCCUGGCCAGCAAGGCUAAUGAUCAGAGAUAAUGGAAGCUGGAGAGCUAGAGGGCACCAUGUUGGCUGCCACUGGUGUAAAGUAAAUUCAUAGCGUACUCUGCAGAUGGAUGGAUUGGGGGGAAAGGAACACUGAAAGGGGGAGAAUAGAAAUUAAGAGUUGGCUUUUUAAAAACAACAAGAACAUUGCACAUUAAAUCAGUAUCAGUGAAAGUGUGUGGGUGUAGGAAUUUCACUUCUUGCUUUGUCACGGUGUAGCAGAACAUUGUUUAUAAGGGAUGUGAAUGUCAUUAAUAUCUAGUUUAUGUCUUAAAGUUCUGCAUGUAUAAUACAUAGCUUAUAACUAAUUAUGACAGUGGAGUCGUAUUCAGACUGCAGGGAAAUGCCAGCAUUUCAAGCUACACUUGCAGAGGUUUCUGCACUUUAUAGUGUUUUCAUGAUUUGCGAUUGCCUGGAGAUAUUAAAUGCUGAAUUCUGUCUCUCACUCUUAUCAAAUUUGCACAUCAAAUCUGAGCAGCGUAGACAUGGUUU